UCUGCUUCCCUCCAAGCAAAUAUCAUUUAAAAAACAUUGCCAUAUACUUGUUCAUCUAUUUAAGCCACAAGACACUCAUUUGAAACAAAUAAACAUUUCCAUUAGUAGGAAAUGGAAUUGAAUAAAGGAGAAUUUACUGUUUUGGUUAUUGGGUUCGUUGUUCUCUUUCAUAUGUGUUUGCUGGGAUCAGCCAAUGUCGUCUUUCAGGUUCAGCAUAAGUUUUCUGGCAACAAAAAGCUUUUGACUGAAUUCAAAGCUCAUGAUUCCGAACGUCAUCGGAGGAUUCUCUCAGCCGUCCACCUCCCCAUAGGUGGCGAUAGUAACCCCACCUCAGCAGGCCUUUAUUUUUCUAAGAUACGGAUAGGGACUCCAGGAAAGGAUUAUCAGGUGCAGAUUGAUACAGGGAGUGACCUUUUAUGGGUAAAUGGUGAUGGAUGUAAAAAAUGUCCUAGGAAAAGUAAAAAUGGAGCAUCACUUCCGUUGUAUGAUCCGAAGGCUUCCACAACUGCAAAAAUUGUUACUUGUGAUCAAGGAAUUUGCAGUUCCAUACUGAAGGGUGCCACUAGUAACUGUAAGGUCGGAAGCCAUUGUUCUUAUUCUGUUAAUUAUGGUGAUGGAAGCGCAGCGACAGGAUAUUUUGUUAGAGAUAUUGUACAGCUAGACCGAGUUUCUGGAGACCUUCAAACCACAACUAUGAAUGGGAGUAUAGCAUUCGGGUGUGGAUCUCAACAAUCUGGAGAGUUGGGUUUAUCAGAACUACCACUAGAUGGAAUGCUUGGGUUUGGGCAGGCAGAUUCUUCUAUGCUAUCACAACUUGCGUCAGCAAAAAAGGUUAAAAAGAUUUUUUCACAUAGCCUGGAUGGCUCUAAAGGAGGCGGUAUAUUUACCACUGGAGAAGUGGUACAUCCGAAAGUCAAGACAACACCAAUGAUGAGUCAAAGGGGGCAUUAUAAUGUUGAAUUAAAAGCAAUUCAGGUAGGUAAUGAUGUUUUACAACUUCCAAAAGAUAUGUUUGGUGUUGGAACAAAUCAAGGAACAAUUAUUGACAGUGGUACAACCUUAGCUUAUUUACCUGACUUCGUUUACAAGCAAUUGAUCAACAAGAUCAAUGUUGCACAACCUAAUUUAAAGAGCCACAUUGUAGAUCAGCAGUUCACAUGCUAUAAAUACUCUGGAAAUGUUGAGAAGGGUUUUCCGGUUGUGGCUUUUAACUUCCAGAACUCGUUAUCUCUAAAAGUUUACCCCCAUCAAUAUUUAUUUGAAGUUGAGGAUCAAGAAUGGUGCAUCGGUUUCCAGGAUAGCAAUUUGCAAACCGAGGAUGGGAAAGAGAUAACUUUGUUGGGAGAUGUUGUAUUGACUGAUAAGCUGGUAACCUACGAUGUAGAAAAGAAGACCAUUGGAUGGAUUGAGCAUAAGUGUUCUUCAACCAUCAAAGUGAAAGAUGAUGAAUCCAAGAAAGUGUACAUGGUGCAUGGCGUUAAAAUUUCUCAUUCAAGUCGUGUCCGUACCUCAACUGGAAUUGCUAUAGUUUCUUUUUUGUUCUUCAUGUUGAUCACCUUUAUUAACCCGAGGUUGGCUUAGUUAUUACUUAUCAACAUCCUCGUGUUAGAGUAAUUCAGAGUAAAGGGCAUAAAUGGAAACUUUCCUUAUUUUAGUAGAAGUCUUUAUACAUUCCUCUAUGUCGGUAUUAGUUUAGCUUUCAAACUCCUUUA